ACCCCUGGUAUAGUGUCCAGCGCCGUUCCAAGAAAGAUGACAUUAUUAGCGGAAGGAUGGAAGGCUAUUUGAAGCACACCCGAGGCUAGACCACCGACACUUGAGACUGGCACUGCAGAGGAGAUGUCGCUGAAUCACGCCCUAAAACUGAUCCUAACAGUCACUGGUGUGCUACCUGCCGUGGUCUAAAAAUCGGCGCCUUCAACGUCCGGAUUCUAGGGCAAACCAAGAUCGCAAACACCGAAGUCGUUGACGUUCUCGUGGAAAUUGUGAGACGCUACGAUGUGAUAUUGGUGCAGGAAAUAAGAGAUAGUGUUGGCGAAACAGUAGUUCCGACACUGUUAGCCACAGUGAACAGUGGUUCGCCGGAACAUGCUUACCAGUGUGAAGUGAGUGGAAAUGUUGGAAGGAGCGCACAAAAGGAAAGAUACACCUACUUUUACAGGUAUUUGAGUGGAUGCUCCUUCCAAGAUCUUGAAAUAGUACAGCGUCCCUUUGCAUCGUGGUUAAUAGAUUACUCAGAGGACACCACCACAACUCCCAACUACUGUGCCUAUGACCGGAUAAUUGCGCUGGGAGACACAAGGGACCAUGUUGUUCCAGGCUCGGCGCAAGUAGCUAUACAGAUUCGACACAAAUCUUUCCCUCUCCCAAGACCUAGUAAGUUUCUUGUUCCUUCUGUUGUUAUUUUUGGCAUGCUGGCCUCUUGCUGUUAG